AUGGGGACGAAACAAACACAGACGGCUCUCCCGCCGUUCGGCGAGCCCAACCGGUACGUGACAACGCACGACGCCCAAGGGAACGCCGUCUUCUCCUCCGCCCUGCAAGGGCCCAUCACCACGCACGAUAUCCCUGGUAUGCUCUACUACGAGGCAUAUAAAACAUUCGAACCGGCACCGGUCAACUUGAACAACGAAUCCGAUAUCAAGGCGAUCCAGGAGCGGGUGGCCGAGGAAGCGGCCAUCAUGUUUCCAGAGCCCGGGGUUACAAUUCUCCGUUACUGCGACUGGCCUCCCGGGGGCACCUCGCCGCUGCAUCGGCACGAGACCAUAGACUUUGGCAUCGUCAUUUUUGGAUCUAUCGAGGCCAUCAUGGACUCGGGCGAGACCCGGAUGCUCAAGGCCGGCGACGUUAUCGUCCAAAGGAACACGCUGCACGGCUGGCGGAACCCAAGCAACUGCGAGUGGGCUAGGGUUGUUUUUGUCAUUCAGGGAACCCAUCCGACGAUUGUCGGGGACAAAGUUAUGGUGGAAGAUUUGCGAGCUUUUGGAAAGUAG